AUGGGUUAUGGAUUUGAGCCAGUCUAUGAGUGUUUCAGGAAGCAAGCCCCACCUAGUUUUGAAGGGAAAGUUUACCCUAUGGUAGUAGAAGAUUGGUUGAAGUCAGUAGAAGCUAUCUUUGACCACAUGGAGCUGAACGAUCAUCAAAGGGUUUCAUAUGUAACUCACCUACUCAAGAUGGACGCAAGAAUAUGGUGGGAUGUUGUGAAGCAAACUCGUGACUUGAACACUAUGACCUGGGAAGAUUUAGUUCAAGCAUUUGGAAAGAAGUACUAUAGUUCAACUGUAUUGGCAACCACGGUGGACAAGUUCAUGACAUUGGUUCAAGGGAAACUUUCUGUUACUGACUACGCACAGAAUUUUGACAGAGAUGUAAAGAUGACUAGUGCUGAAGUGGUUAGUGAUGCUGAAGUUUUGGGUAAGGCACUUGAAGCGGAGUACUUGGAGGACCGUAUAUGGAAGGAUAAUGUUGCAAGAAGGGAGGCCAACAGAAAAAAGGGCUUCCAUGAGGGCAAUAAGAGGAAGGCCCAUGAAAGAGUUCUUAUUGAUUCUGGAGCAACUCACUCAUAUGUUGCUAUGAAUGUAAUUGAUAAACUGGGAUUGCCUUGUAAACUGUUUGAGCGUAGUUUUGGUACCAUGUUACCAUCAGGUUACAUUAUGUCGUCAACUAGAUGGUUACAGUCAGCUUCUAUAAUAGUUGAGGGCAGAGAGUGCCCAACAGACCUCAUAGAGUUAGACAUACUAGACUAUGAUGCUAUACUUGGGGCAGCAGUGUUCUCAAAGAUUGAUCUACGAUCUGAGUACCAUCAGCUGAAAGUAAAGGAAAGAGAUAUUCCUAAAACGGCUUUCAGAACUCGCUAUAGGCAUUAUGAGUUUCUAGUGAUGUCUUUUGGACUUACUAAUGCCUCGACGGCAUUCAUGGACAUGAUGAACAAAAAUGGGAAAGUGAUGGCCUAUGCUUCAAGGCAGCUCAAGGAAUAUGUGCAACAGUAUCCUACCCAUGAUCUUGAGUUAGCCGUAGUGGUGUUCACACUGAAAAUAUGGAAACAUCACUUUUAUGGGGAUAAGUUUGAAAUUUACAUCGAUCACAAAAUUCAGAAGUACUUCUUCACUUAG